CAUUGUGAGGAUUCCCUCACCGCGCUGAACGAUGAGCGCUGUUUUCACGUCAGGAAUCAUCCUCGUUAUUUUGUCAUCCGGGUCUUCAACUCGCCUCUCGCGGCUUUAUUUACUUUCCAGUGACCACAGAGCUCGCGCUGGCGCUCCUUGCGCGCGCUCUUUAUCUGCCAGGUUAAAACAGCGUUAACAUUUUUUAAACUUCAGUGCGGAAUCAAAUUGAGAAAACAGUUCCUAAUAAGUGAAUCUGAUCGAAAUCUACAGGUCUUUUUUUUAAUGUUUUCCUGGUGAACAUUUCAUGGCUCCGGAAUGGAGAUAGCCUUGGUGAGUUUGGAGAACGGCGGCGCGAGAGGGAGCGCGAGCGAUGCCGGAGAAGGCUGUCGUAGCGCACGGGAGCAGCACUCGGCUUUAGGGCGAAUCGACGAGUGUGUCAAAGAGCUGAACCUGGAACCGAGCUCGUGGAGAAUGAACGACGUGAGCGACACGUUCAGCUGUGCCGAAAGCGCCGUGGAUGCGCUGCUGCGCGCCGACCGCGUCCCUCACCUCUUUGACGAGGACCUGUCGGACGUGGUGGACGUGGUGGACAACGUGGAGCAUGACGGGAGCAAUGAGCGCGUGCUCAUUAACAUCGCAGGUCUGAGGUACGAGACCCAGCUGGGCACCCUAAACCAGUUUCCUGACACCUUGUUAGGAGAUCCAGACAAGAGGAUCAAGUACUUUGACCCACUUCGAAACGAGUACUUCUUUGACCGAAACCGGCCGAGCUUUGAUGGGAUCCUGUACUUCUACCAGUCAGGUGGGAAAAUCCGGAGGCCUGUCAAUGUGUCCAUCGAUGUAUUUGCUGAUGAAAUACGGUUCUACCAGCUGGGCGAAGAGGCUAUGGAGCGCUUUCGUGAAGAUGAGGGCUUUAUAAAGGAAGAAGAGAAACCCCUACCACACAAUGAGUUUCAGAAACAGGUCUGGCUCAUUUUUGAGUACCCCGAAAGCUCAAGCCCUGCCCGUGGCAUCGCUAUUGUAUCUGUGAUUGUCAUCACCAUAUCCAUAAUCACUUUCUGCUUAGAGACAUUGCCUGAGUUCAGGGACGAGAGAGAGCUUCAAGCAGCAAGCAGGACAGCUGCCAACUCCACUUUACAAGCUCGCCCAUCACUCACAUUCUCCGACCCUUUUUUUGUUGUUGAGACCACCUGUGUGAUUUGGUUCACUUUUGAGCUUAUUGUGAGGUUCUUUGCCUGCCCCAGCAAGUCAGAGUUCUCCAAAACUGUCAUGAACAUCAUUGACAUCAUGUCCAUCAUGCCUUACUUCAUCACGGUAGGGACAGAGCUGGUGGAGCAGCAGCACGGUCCGGAGCAUGACAACGGACCACAGCAACAGCAGGCCAUGUCUCUGGCCAUCUUGCGAGUUAUUAGACUAGUGAGAGUGUUUCGCAUCUUCAAGCUUUCACGCCACUCCAAAGGUCUCCAGAUCUUGGGGCAGACUCUGAAGGCCAGCAUGCGAGAGCUAGGCCUCCUCAUCUUCUUCCUAUUUAUUGGUGUAAUCCUUUUCUCAAGUGCGGUGUUCUUUGCCGAGGCUGAUGAGCCUGAGUCCCAUUUCUCCAGCAUCCCAGAUGCCUUCUGGUGGGCUGUGGUUACAAUGACCACCGUGGGAUAUGGUGACAUGAGGCCUGUAACAGUUGGAGGCAAAAUUGUAGGCUCACUAUGCGCCAUCGCUGGUGUGUUGACCAUAGCAUUGCCUGUGCCUGUGAUCGUAUCCAACUUCAACUACUUCUACCACAGAGAGACUGACCAGGAGCAAGCUGCUCUUAAGGAUGAUCCCUCCAGUGAUGUCCAUGGAUGCAACAGAUCACCUCCGAAUUCCACAGGAGACAUAGAAAGUCAGGACACACCCGUGGGGAAGGCCAACAUUAAAGCAAACAGCAGCACAGACAUUAAAGAUUCCCUCUAUGCUUUUUGCUUAGACACAAGGGAAACAGACUUGUAGAGUAAGUUUGCAUUAUAACCAUAAGUCACCAAGACAGCAAGGUGUCUUGAUACCUUUAAAUUGAAUUUUAUCAGUAUAGAUCAUCAAAAUGCUUAAGACGCUGUAUGUCUUAUAGACUGGUGUAAGUCUUUGCACACCUGAAAUGAUUUUGUUGCCGCAAUCCUUUUUCAGUAGACCCCCAACAGAGCUACUUUUUUCUAUAAAACCAAGCUGGAUACAACGAAUACUUAACACUUAACACUUCAGGUGUCAGUUCAACACAAUCUAAACUGAAGAAAAUUUAUUUUCUGAAAUGUAUUGUGUUAAAUGUACCAUGUCAGGCUCAUGGCUGCUGAUAUGGUUGUUUCAAAUGCAAAAGAAAUCAUGGAGCUCCAGUAGUGCAUGGAAGCACAUAAAUCACUUGAAUAAAUUAUAGACACCUCCAAAACACAGCUUAGUAUUUUCUUUAACACAAGAUUCAUACUUUUAUGAUCACAACUGUUAAAAUAGAUCAAAUCCAUUAAAAUAGAAAGUGUAAGAGUGCUUCCCACCAACAUGGAAAGCUUGAGUUCAUAAGGAUAAGACUACUUUUUUCUGACCUGGACCUCAGAAUCAGGAUGGACAGAGAGGCAUACUGGGAAUAAAGAAUCCAAACCUGACAGUGAGAGCAUCAGGUUUGCUCAAUACAAAUCUUCAAGAGGAUCACCUCUAGACUGUCUUACAGAUAAAAGAUCCCAAGAUAAUGGAAGCAGUGAGGACAAUUUAGCCAUCCUAACUCUUCCCACCUAGUUAACAGUUAUUUAGACACCUGUGCCUUCGACCAAGCCCUGUUUUGUUUUUGUUUUUUUUGACACUCCCUUGACGUACGGAGCACACCCAACCCACCAUAUAGAGACAGAUCCUGCUGAUGACUCCAGUUCAACUUGCUCUCUACAAACUGGACGAGGAACAUCUAAGGUUGGAAUCUUACCUUUGGUGUGGAACUCAAAUCAGUGCAUAAUGGAGGUGAUCCCUCGCUGUGCAAUAUUCAUCACCAUUAUCACCUGGAAGUAGAUUAUGGACUGACUCUGCUCAGUCAAUUUAUUUUUGUAAUGCUGUUUACCUAAUUUCUAUUUUUCUAAAGGAAAAUUUCUCUCCCAGUAAUGGACCAAGAAACCCAAAGCACACUUAAAGAUAAACUGCUCAGUAUAAAGGCUUCAGCAACGAAAAUGCCCAGUUUCUUCAUCAGGGCAAAGAAAAUAGCGUUGUUUCUCCUAAGUGGGAUUUAUUUUAAUCUAGAUUUUUUUUCAGCCUUCAGUGUAUAACAGGAGGUUUAUGCUUUUUAUAGCGAGGCUAAUGUGAUUUAAUGAAGUGGAUAUCAAUUUGCUGUUGAUGUGUGGCCAAUAGCUUUUUUCCAUUCCUAACAUUUUUAAAAAAAAAUGAAUCUCCUGCAUUUCGAGCCAUUUUUCUUCAAUAUUUUUAAAAUGGACUAUUGGAAACCAAAACAGAGACCUGAUAUUAAGGGGAUAUGGCUGAAAUCAACACUAAGGAAUUGUAACAUCUAUGCCUAGAAUGACAAGCUCAUUUUAGAUACUUUGAUAUGAUAAACAUCUAUAGUGUGCUACCUUCAUUAUAUUCAACAAUCAAGUGUUGCUUCAUUAUACCCCAGUGCCGCUCUGUUCUGUGUACCACUAUUUGUCUUUACAUCACAAGCGUGUUAUAUCUGUUUUACCAGAAUUACCAUGGGUAUGUUGUUAGUCAUUGGAUUAUAAAACUAGACACUGGGGGUUUCAGAUUUUUCUGAAUAUAUUUUCCUAAUAAUGCUCCUGCUCUUAAGAGUACGUUUACCUCUGACCUCCAACAUCCUGAAAAACAAGCAGCGAAAUUGUCCUUCAUUUAAUUUAAACUCCACCCCUUUAACUGUUGCAGUGUUUUGUCAGUAUUUUUCGGAAAAUCAAAAGACAUGAAUAAAGAAAACAAUUGUUGGUGUAUUUUACUAUCGAUACAAUAAUGGAACAUAAUGAGACAUUAACAGUGAUAAUGUGGAGAAAACUCAAAUCAGUGUACAAUGUACAAAUCAACUUAUGCUGACAAUAUUUUUUUAAUUGUGAAACCCACACCAUAUUAAUGAUCCAUUGAUCUAUAUACUCAAAAAUGCUCCCAUUUUUAUUACAUUAAGCUGCUGAGUUUUGUUCAUCAGAAAAUGAAAUGCUGGACUAACUGGAAAAAACAACCAGCAAAUAGCUUUUGGUCCCAUUUCUUGCAGGAAACACUCAACACUCAUGUAAAUUGAUGUGAGAAAAAAAUGUAUUAAAAAUAGUAAAAUUACUGAGUCAAAUAAUGUUUGCCUCAGGUCUAUUAAGUCAGUACAUAUGCAGUAAAAUAUGAUACAAUCACUGAUAUAAAUAUACAGUACAUAAGAUUCAAAUUUUUGCAUUUACCAAAUAUAAUAAAUAUAUCACAUAAACCAGAUAGAUGUAAAAUAUCCUAUAACCUAGUAAACUCAUUGUGCAAAUUAAAAUCUGUUUGGCUCAAGUGUGUGGAGACUCAAGUUAUUAAGUAUAGUCUUAUGAACAUAAAUGUGCGGCUCUACUUCCUUUACCUCUAGAACUAGUAGAGUUUCCAGUGUGCUCGCUUCCUAGCCAGUUUCUAAUAGCAAAGGUGUCAUAUAUAUAUAUAUAUAUAUAUAUAUAUAUAUAUAUAUAUAUAUAUAUAGCCUGUAUAAAAUGCUCUAAAUCACACUUCCCAUGCUCCUUAUGCUGAAGCGCAGAAGCAAUUGAUUGAAGAUGAUAAGAAAUACUCAAAAAUCCAUUGAAAAAAAGAUUGCAUUAAAUUGUUAUGUAAAAUCUGCCCGUUCAAGACGAGCGCAUUGACUUGCACCUUAGGUGAUGGCAAUUUAGUAUUGAUUUAUCAAUAUUCGUCACUGACUCAGAAAGCAGACAUGUGGCCUGUUGUUUGUGUAGGUGUGCAGCAUAGUGGUCCUGCAAAUGCAUUAAUAAUGCCAACUCUGAGGUGGGAAAUGUGCCUCGCAGUCUACGGACAUGCCUACUGAGCAACCUCCCCCAUGCUGCA